AUGUUGGGCCCAGACGACGAAAUAGACGGAGACGAAGAUGAUGAAAUGAAGAUACACGACGGCAGCUCUUCAUACAAUCGGAAAGAUGGCUCAACUGCGCAUCAUCCACACAUUCCCACAGAACCGAUAGUGAAGUCAUUCACGUAUCAUUCAGAUGUGCCCGAUGUAUGCAAAGUCGAAGAUGUUGCAUUGGGUGUUGAUGAGGCUGGAAGAGGUCCUGUUCUUGGGCCCAUGGUGUAUGCGAUAUGCUAUGUCCCAGUUAGUAGGAAGAAUGAUUUGAAAAAGUCGGGUGUUGCUGACUCCAAGACGCUGGAUGAAGGACAACGUGAUGCUUUAUUUGAAGAAUUACAAGGCUAUCGUGAAUGGACGGGGUGGGCUGUACAUGCUAACAGUCCACAAGAUAUCUCGGAAUCCAUGUUGAGAAAAAACAAAUACAAUCUGAAUGCUUUAGCUCACGACACAACAGCCAAAUUGAUUCGUGAGACUUUGGAACGGGGUGUUCGAGUGACUGAGAUCUUUGUGGAUACAGUCGGUCCAACAGCAACAUAUCAAGCCAAACUAAGUGACUUGUUUCCUGGUAUCGCUAUAACGGUCGCCAAGAAGGCUGAUAGCUUGUAUCCUGUUGUCAGUGCCGCUAGUAUCUGUGCCAAGGUUACUCGGGAUGCGUGUCUUCGAGACUGGUCAUUUGCUGAAAAGGAUAUGGAUAUGUUGUCUCGUGAAUUUGGGUCUGGGUAUCCGUCAGAUCCAAACACAACACGAUGGCUUCGAGAAAGCAUGGAUCCUGUAUUCGGGUAUCCUGGUUUGAUUCGAUUCAGUUGGUCUACUACCACGAAUCUAUUGGAAAAGGACGGAGUUCCUGUUGAAUGGCCAAUAGAAAAGGACGAAGCAGAAGACCAACCGGAAAUAUCUCAAUUCUUUGUCAAACUGCCACCGACAAACACUCGAGCAGGAGGAAAGAAACAAAAAGACCAACAUGUGCCCUCUAUACAUAAGAUACAGCUCGAACGGGUAUCGGAUCGUGACAAGUUCUUCAAGGAGAUGAGGGCAGUUCAUUGUUUGCGGUUAUGA